AUGGCUAUGAUACUCAAUACGUUGUCCUCGUCUGCAAAGAUAGACCGAUGGUUCUCUCUCCUUCCCGCCAACACACCUGCCCUGUCGCGGCCUGAGAGCGGCUUCAUCUCCGGUGUCGAAGACGGGGCUGACGCAGCCACCCUCGCCGAAGCCAAGAAUCUGCUCCAGCAAUUGGGUGCUAAGAAGAAACGACGGCUCAUCCCUUUACGCUUCACUAGAAGAAAGAUCUUAGUCAAUAAGCACACGUUGCUAUAA